GAGACCUUUAUAUACCACUUCUGACUGACCAUCCAUGGAUGCCAGUUCACCGAUUUUUGCGCUUUACGCGCAACGAAUAACUAUUUCUUGUCCAUAAACUUUCAAUUUACGGGUAUAAACUGACAAAAGGUUCAAGAUUUCGAAAAGGGAUGGCCAAGAUUCUGAUGGUGAGGGCCAGUUGCAGCAGUAACCAUUAUCUACCCUAUGCUGCACUUCUCUCUCCACAAAAAGCCAUGGUUAUGUGCUCAAGUUUUUCCCCAGUCCAAUUUGGGGCUAAGCCCAUUUCUUGCUCUCCCAUUAAACCCCAUUUCUGUAUUAAAGUUAAGGGCUUCUCUUCUCAAGAAUCCAAUUCACCUACCAAAGGUACUUGUGGAUGAGCUCCCUACUCGAGUUGGUUUUUUGGGCCUCGGAAUUAUGGGUUCUCCAAUGGCGCAAAAUCUCAUAAAAGCAGGAUGUGAUGUCACUGUUUGGAACCGAACGAAAAGCAAAUGCGACCCUCUUAUCUCCUUGGGUGCAAAAUAUAAACCCUCACCCGAGGAAGUAGCUGCCUCUUGUGAUGUCACAUUUGCCAUGCUUGCUGAUCCCGAAAGUGCAGUCGAUGUAGCAUGUGGGAAGCAAGGGGCAGCAAGUGGUAUGAGUCCCGGAAAAGGUUAUGUAGACGUCUCCACCGUUGAUGGCCCCACUUCCAAAUUGAUCAGUGCACGCAUAAAAUCUACUGGAGCUCUAUUUUUGGAGGCUCCAGUUUCAGGCUCGAAAAAGCCAGCUGAAGAUGGAAAACUAAUUUUUCUCACUGCUGGUGACAAAUCUCUCUAUGAAAUAGCUGCCCCGUAUUUAGACCUCAUGGGAAAGUCAAGAUUUUACCUUGGCGAUGUUGGCAAUGGAGCUGCAAUGAAGCUCGUCGUCAACAUGAUUAUGGGAAGUAUGAUGGCCUCAUUUUCCGAAGGAUUGCUCCUUAGUGAGAAAGUAGGCCUUGAUCCUAGCGUGCUUGUUGAGGUAAUCUCUGAGGGUGCCAUCAGUGCGCCGAUGUACUCCAUGAAAGGUCCUUCAAUGGUGAAGUCGCUCUACCCAACUGCAUUUCCACUCAAGCAUCAGCAGAAGGAUCUUAGACUCGCUCUAGGGCUGGCUGAGUCGGUUUCUCAGGCGACUCCGGUUGCAGCAGCAGCGAACGAGCUCUACAAAGUGGCCAAAUCUCAAGGACUAAGUGAUGAUGAUUUCUCAGCAGUGAUUGAAGCGUUGAAACCCAACCUCAAACAAACAUCUUAGGAUGCUGUGAUUCAUUUUGUUAGCUCCUUUCUAAUGCUACACAUAGGCCAAAUUAUAAUUUUAAAUAUAAGAGCUUUUCUCGUUCAAUAUUACGAAUUCGAAUUAUAAUAAUCUUUUUUUUUGUUUACUCCGUUCUAGGAAAAUCAAAUAUUGUGAAAUACUGCAAUAAUUCCAAAUUGAAUGACAUUCUUCUUUGUUUUGGGA